UAAGUCAGAGAAAAGUGGCAUCCUCAGAGUGAGAGAGAGAGUGAGACUGAGGCUGAGAGGUUCAUCAAACAUAUAAAAUAAUCAAAAACAAUUUUUUUUCCUAUAAUAACAAUGCAACUGUGCUACCUUGAGUCAAUUCCUGGUUUGCUUUCAAGGGUUUGUUAUAUUUAUGUACAGAAAUGGGUAUGCCAGAUUGCUUUCUAAUUCUUUCUUUUCUAUCUAAUGGAUUUGUUUUGUGUUGCAGCUUCCCUUCCUGAGCAUGGAUAUCUACCCUAUUCUCUUUCUGUGUUGGAGUUUUGGCAUGCUAUUUUGAUUUUGAGGAUAAUAGUGAUUGCCAUCAAAAUCUGGGUUUCUUUGACUUUCAGUGAUGGGAAGUAACAGCAGAGGAAAGGAUGGUGAAGGAACUUCUGGAGUUAACAAGGUUGAGGAAAACUAUGAGAAUGAACAAGACAUGAAAUUUCUGCCGGCUGAACUGUUUCCUCGCAAUUCCAAUGGCCCUAGAGCAUAUGAGCCACCACCUCCCUUGCAGGUCCCUGUGGUUGACAUGCAAAGACGUGGAGCGGUAGCGCAACCCCAGCCGGAUGCAUUGCUGCAAAAUGGAUAUGUAGAAUGUGUUCUUCAUGAAAGGUUGAAACGUGUAAAGAUCAUAUGGAAUCAUGCAGGCACAAAUGUUGCUAUUGCAGGAUCAUGGGACAACUGGGAAACCACGGAGCCCUUGAAGAAUGUAGGUCAAAAUUUUUGCAUUGUCAAAGCACUCCCGAUUGCUAUCUAUCAUUACCGUUUCCUUGUAGAUGGCUAUUGGACAUAUGCUCCAGAGUUCCCAUCUGCUACUGAUGAUUCAGGUUAUGGCUACAAUAUAUUGGAUUUGCAGGAUUAUAUCCCAGAAACACUUGAAAGGUUAUCUGAUUUUGAAGAUCCUUCAUCACCACCAUCGAGUUAUGAUAACAUAUUCAAUGAAGAUGAGUUCAGUAAGCCACCACCAGAAUUGCCACCACAACUACCAGUGACAAUAAAACAUGAGCCUUCAUCCACGAGUAAUAGUCGUCUUGUCCCUAGGCCAACUCAUCUGGAACUGAAUCAUCUUUACAUUCACAAAACUGAUAGGGAUCAAUUUGUGGCACUACGAUCAACUCAUAAGUUUCAACACAAAUAUGUUACUAUGGUACUGUACAAGACCCUGCGCAGGUAAAGAUGAUGAAGCAUUUUGUCUUUUGUUUUUUUCCAGCUAUUGAACUGGCCUCGUUUAAGCGGCCUUUAUGAGAACAUUUGGUAAGGUCAUUAAACUUGUAUGUAGAAAAUUGAUUGGAGUAGGUAAAUGAAGAAUUGUUUUCCAUGUAA